GUGACUGGAAUUGUGAUCUUGGCUAUAGGAAUCUGGACCAAGGUUGACCUGUAUAAAUACCUGGAGUUGUCCUCCAUCUACCAGCCAGAGGCUCCCUAUGUCCUCAUAGGCGUUGGAGCUGUCAUUGUGCUCAUUGGCUCCCUAGGAUGUUGCUGUACAAUCAAAGGCCAUUCUGUCCUGUUGUAUAUGGUUGGUUCUAACUGUGCCAUCAUUUGUCUCAUCUUUUGUAUUAGUCUUACUUACCAAAUUGAUUAACAGAUUGCAGCAUUUAAAUCUCUAUUGUAAUCUCCAUUUGUGCAUGUUAUGUAAUUUCUGGGUUCUAACUCAGUGAUGUAAGGUAAGAGAGGAAUCAUUCAUUUUGAACUAAUUUUUUUUUAAAACCAUCUUUUCUUUCAGUUCUGCGGUUUCUUGUAUGUUAUUUUCAUCAUUGAACUCAGUGCUGGCAUUGCCUUGCUGGUGUACAGGGGAAAGGUCAGUUGGAUUAAUUCAUGUAAACACGUCUCAGUGGGACAGGCCAGUUAGAUUUAUUAAUGUAGGCAUUGUUACAUGGGAAAGGUCAGUUGCAUUGUGAUGAUUUUUUUUUUACUGUAGAUGCAUGGAAAACUUAUUUUUUUACUGGUCCAGCGUUGAUGAAUAAAUUUAUUGGCCAAUAAAAAAAUUUGUGUGAAAGCUUCAUUCCAGCUUUAGUGAAAACAAGCAGUAUCCUGCAAUUCUCACGGAUUAACAUAUUUCUGAUCACAAAUUGUUUAAACAUUGCCAGCUUGAGAAAGGUUUUAAAGAUGGCUUGUCUGCUGCACUCCAACAAUAUGGACAGAAAGGGGAAGGGGAGAUCACUGAUGCUUUGGAUGAACUGCAGAAAAAGGUAUGUGGUCCAUUGUGAAACCCUUGUAUAAAAGGGGUAUGUAUGUAUUACAAUGGAAAAACCCUAUAAGUAAUUAGGCACCACCAAUCGUCCAUCCACCAAUCGUCCAUCCACCAAUCGUCCAUCCACCAAUCGUCCAUCCACCAAUCAUCCAUCCACCAAUCGUCCAUCCACCAAUCGUCCAUCCACCAAUCGUCCAUCCACCAAUCGUCCAUCCACCAAUCGUCCAUCCACCAAUCGUCCAUCCACCAAUCGUCCAUCCACCAAUCGUCCAUCCACCCAUCGCCGUGGUGCUACUGCCCAUGUAGGGCUGUGGUCUGCCUCACUACGUCCCCACACUCAGACUUAACUGAUGCCUUUCUUUUCCUUAUUCUUCAGUCUCUGAUUAAAUAUCUACUCUUCAUUUUCUGAAUUAGAAAUAAGGUAAGGAGAUGGAUUUGUGAAAUUAGGUUAUGGAGAAGGGUUUGUUUAUGUGAAGGAGGAUGUAGCUUUGAAACUCAGUGUUUGUGUCUUACAUCUGGUUUCCAUAAUCAUGUGGGUUUUGUGUGUGUGUGUUACAUCUGAUUUGUUAAAUCAUGUUUGUGUCUUAAAGCUUGGUUGCUAUGGUACUGGUUUGUUAAAUUAUGUUUGUGUCUUAAAACUGAGUUGUUAUAGAACUGGUUUGUUAAAUUAUGUUUGUGACUUAAAGUUGGGUUGCUAUGGUACUGGUUUGUUGAAUCAUGUUUGUGUCUUAAAGCAGGGUUUGCUUUGGUACUGGUUUGUUAAAUUAUGUUUGUCUUAAAGCUGGGUUGCUAUGGUACUGGUUUGUUAAAUUAUGUUUGUGACUUAAAGCUGGGUUGCUAUUGUACUGGUUUGUUAAAUUAGGUUUGUGUCUUAAAGCUGGGUUGCUAUUGUACUGGUUUGUUAAAUUAUGUUUGUGUCUUAAAACUGAGUUGCUAUAGUACUGGUUUGUUAAAUUAUGUUUGUGUCUUAAAGCUGGGUUGUUAUUGUACUGGUUUGUUAAAUUAUGUUUGUGUCUUAAAGCUGGGUUGCUAUUGUACUGGUUUGUUAAAUUAUGUUUGUGUCUUAAAACUGAGUUGCUAUAGUACUGGUUUGUUAAAUUAUGUUUGUGUCUUAAAGCUGGGUUGCUAUUGUACUGGUUUGUUAAAUUAUGUUUGUGUCUUAAAGCUGGGUUGCUAUGGUACUGGUUUUUUAAAUUAUGUUUGUGUCUUAAAACUGAGUUGCUAUAGUACUGGUUUGUUAAAUUAUGUUUGUGUCUUAAAGCUGGGUUGCUAUUGUACUGGUUUGUUAAAUUAUGUUUGUGUCUUAAAGCUGGGUUGCUAUGGUACUGGUUUUUUAAAUUAUGUUUGUGUCUUAAAACUGAGUUGCUAUAGUACUGGUUUGUUAAAUUAUGUUUGUGUCUUAAAGCUGGGUUGCUAUUGUACUGGUUUGUUAAAUUAUGUUUGUGUCUUAAAGCUGGGUUGCUAUGGUACUGGUUUGUUGAAUCAUGUUCAUGUCUUACAGCUGGUGUGUUGUGGCAUUGAUGACUACAAAGACUGGUAUGACACCCCGUUCAGCAGAAGUAGCGCCCUCCCGAACUCUGUACCAGAAUCUUGUUGCCGUAUCAGUACCAAAGAAUGCAUCCACACAGGACUCACUAAUGAAACUGCUAGUGUCAACAUUCACACACAGGUCAGUCCCCAAGCUUUUAGUCAUGCAUGUGCCGUGCUUGUAGAGGACAGAAAUGUCAGAGGUCAUGAAAGGAUGUUUUGUGAUUUAUUUGCCUGUAAAGAAAUAGUAUCUAUAGCAGCGGUUCUCAACCUGUGAGUCGCGACCCAUUUGGGAGGUCACACAACUCUUUCCCAGGGGUUGCCUAAAACACAUAUACUCUACAGUUAAGAGGUAGCAGCGAAAAUAAUUUUGUUGUUAGGGGUCGCCACGUCAUGAGGCACUGUUUUAGAGGGUCGCGUCAUUAGGAAGGUUGAGAACCACUGAUCUAUAGUGGGGGUGAUUUUAUUUUUAUUUUUCAGCAUUGAAACAGCACCAAAAAAAAAAGGUUUUAUGUUUGUGUUAACUUAAUACCUGAUAGAGCUGAUAGAGUAUAGUAUUGUUAACUGCAGUUUAUGGUUUUGCAAUAUUAAAUGUAAAAAUAGCAAAUGAAACCUUAAUUGUAAAAAGUGCUUCCUAGCACCACUGCUUUGACCAACCACUGCUGUUCCACAGGGAUGUCACAAGCUGGUUGUGGAUUUCAUCAAUGGCAACAUGGGCCCGAUAGGUGGAGUUGCUCUUGGAAUCUCAUUUUUCCAGGUAAAUUCCAAGGAUAAUCUUGUUUCACUUUUAAGAAAAACUAUAUCUGGAAUGGACAUGUUUAAACACUUAAGUUAUAGGUCAACUUAGGUAUAGCAAUUGGCCCCUUAAUGAUGCAUCCUUCACAUUUUCAGAAACAGUCAGGCCUAGCUAAAAAAUAUGCUAUUAAAAAAAAAUGUGAAAGUUUCAGAAUGAAUACAAUAACCAAAUUUUUUUGUUUUUUAAAAAUAAUUCUAAUCUGUAUGAUAAUAACUGAAUGUAAAUAUGAGGUGGUGUGUAUGCAUCAGUUGAAAACAUACAAGUGAAGUAAUUCAUGUUAACUUUUGGUGCUGGGUUAGAGGAGAGCUUUAACCAGCUGCAAUCAAAGCUUGUGUGAUUUUCAUCUUGAAAAACUCAUUGUUUUGUGACGGCAAUGAGUUAAAAAUUUUAUCACUGUCAUUUUUGUAACCCUGUGUAGCCCCACUUCCCCCUCCACCCACACACAGCCGGACACAAAAGCUUCCAUCCUGGCCACCUGCUCCCAUUAUGGCCGUUUGAUAUGCGGAUGAUCAUUUAUUUAUGUAUUUGUUGUUAGAUGAUACAUACCUAAUUUUAUUUUGAAAAACACAAUUUUGUAAAGGUAAAUGAAAAUGCUGUACUGAAAUAUAACUAGAAAUAAUUUUGUUUGCAGGUCCUGGGAGCAGUUCUUGCAUUUUGUUUGGCCAAGUCGAUCAGCCGGGCCAAGUAUGAGCAGGUCGCUUAG